UGCGCGAAGGCCAGAAGCGUUGGCGGUUUGAAAUCCAGCACCAGAAACAUUUUUCCAAGUUGCCCAUUGCGCAAAGCAAAAUGUACAGCUCCAACACCUGCAUCUCCCAACUCCGAACCCUAACCCUAAGAUGCCACCACAACUAGCAUCACUCUUUCUCUCCCAAACCCUAGACGACGGAGAUGGCUAAGCAUGCCGUUGGUUGCGCUCACCAGAAGCGAUGGCUGCUGCCGCUUCUCCUUAUGCUCUCCGCUUCCACACUGAUUGCCUUCUUCAUCAGGGCUGUUUUUGAUCCCUGUGAUCGACAUGCCGCCGAUAUUAGCUCCGUUCACAAUUCGAUCCAAGUUGCGGAGAGGAGAGUUCGCUUGCCCCCGAAGAUCCCCUCGCCACCGAAUCCGCUCAGUUUCAUGAAGUCAAAGAUUGUGCUUUUAGUCUCUCACGAGCUCUCCCUCUCCGGUGGACCAUUAUUGUUGAUGGAGCUGGCAUUUCUAUUAAGAAGCGUUGGUGCUGAAGUUUAUUGGACUACUAUGAUGAAACCGUCUGAAACAGAUGAAGUGAUAUACAGUUUAGAGCAUAAGAUGAUGGACCGAGGAGUACAGGUCUUGUCUGCAUUCGGCCAAGAAGCUAUAGAUAUGGCUCUCAAAGCCGAUUUGGUUGUCUUGAACACUGCGGUUACUGGGAAAUGGCUGGAUGCUGUUCUCAAACAAGAUGUUGCUCACGUUCUCCCAAAGGUGUUAUGGUGGAUCCAUGAAAUGCGGGGGCACUAUUUCAAGUUAGAGUAUGUCAAGCACCUUCCUUUAGUUGCUGGUGCCAUGAUUGAUUCGCAUAUUACAGCAGAAUACUGGAAAAAUAGGACUCAGGGUCGCUUGAGGAUCAAUAUGCCUGAGACCUAUGUUGUUCACCUUGGAAAUAGCAAGGAGCUUAUGGAAGUUGCUGAAGAUGGUGUGGCGAAAAGGGUUUUACGUGAGCAUGUCCGCGAGUCCCUUGGAGUGCGCAAUGAAGAUUUACUCUUUGCUUUGAUAAAUAGUGUUUCACGUGGAAAAGGACAAGAUCUGUUUCUACGUUCAUUUUAUGAAAGCUUACAAAUGAUCAAGGAAAAGAAGCUGCCGGUGCCACCAUUACAUGCAGUAAUUGUAGGAAGUGACAUGAAUGCUCAUACUAAGCUUGAAACAGAAUUGAGAGAAUAUGUAAUGCAGAAGAAAAUUCAAGAUCGUGUUCAUUUUGUGAAUAAAACCUUGAAUGUAGCCCCUUACUUGGCUGCAAUCGAUGUUCUUGUUCAGAAUUCCCAGGCACGAGGAGAAUGCUUUGGGAGGAUAACCAUUGAAGCAAUGGCUUUUCAGCUACCAGUACUGGGAACAGCGGCAGGCGGCACCACAGAGAUUGUAGUGAAUGGGACUACUGGUUUCUUGCAUCCUGUUGGGAAAGAAGGGGUUAGUCCUCUUGCGAAAAACAUAGUCAAACUUGCUACUCAUGUGGAGAGGAGACUUACAAUGGGGAAGAGAGGUUAUGUGAGGGUCAAAGAAAGAUUUCUAGAACAUCACAUGGCACACAGAAUUGCUGCAGUGCUUAGAGAAGUUUUGAAGAAGUCUAAAAAGGGCUCACAUUGACAUUCCCCUUCAAAAGGCAAGUUUCCAGCAGAGCAACGAAGAUGGUAAACGUCUAGAAUGGGUGCCAAUUUCGCCAUCUCUUUACAUAUUUCUAUCCAUUUUUGACACUAGUGGAUGUAAAUCAUGUACAUGUUAUGACAAUUUUCCUAGCAGUUUAUAACGGGCAGAACUAGUUUGCUCGGUUUUCAUCAGUAAUUUAGACUUUGACUGAGGAAGAAAGAACAGGAAACCGGAAAACUAAUGUAUAAUUAGAAGGGAGAUUUUCUAGAUUUGACUCUUUGUUUUAAAACUACAAACUGAAUUUAACAUACAGAGAGAGACUUGGAGCUUAUUAUGAGCGCACAAACAUCACU